AUGUACCCAGCCCUUGUGCAAGCCGUCCACGACCACGACGUGCAAGCCAUGGGAUUCAAGAUUCCCGAUUUUUCUCGCGCCGGCAUCGAAUUCCCCUUCAUCGACCUGCUCUCCGACAACUCCACCUCCUUCAAAUACAUCCCCACGCUCUUCAUGACCGCCGGCGCCGCCAUCGCCAUCAAGGGUGCACAGGACUACGGCCACAAGGUGUUCGAAUCCGAAUUUAACCCGCCCUGCGACGCAUACCGCGCCACCUCGGACGUCGCGACAUCCUUCUGCGCCACCGCGUCCGACGCACAUGUCGAUACUACAUUCACCGCUUCCCCCGCUACCCCCCAGUUUUCUCUCGACUUUUUCAAAAACAUCACGAAUCAGGUCAUGUUCGCCGACGGCAAGAGCUGCGAUAACAUGAUCCGCCUGUUCAACACGAGUUUGUCGACGGCGCCGUAUGGGAUUGAGAGUGUGCGGGGCAGUGUCAAGGCGCAGGUACCAGGGCUGUUUGAGCGGGAGCAGGUGUGGGAUGGAGUCGAGGGGAUUCGGUUCGCGUCGGCGUUUAUUGAGAAUAAUUAUCUGCCGUGUGAGAAUUUCAGGGGGUAUGGGAGUGCGUGA